UAGCUAAUAUAGCUACAAGCUAGCUUAACGCAGGGAAUACAAACUGAGGAACAGAUGUCUUCAGCCCCUCAUUAGAUUAGUGCUGUUUUUAAAGUUGAAUGGUUAAAUGUUAACAGUACAUCGAAGUUAGCAGUAAUCAUCAGGUGGGAAAUGAUUUGGGAUGCGCAAAGCUGGUUAUUAAUAAAUAAUGAGAAAGGCUUUAUUAAUCCCAUAUUCGGGAAAUUCGUUCGUUACAGCAGUUUAAAUGGAUAAUAAUAAGAUCCGGAUUAUUUGGCAGAUACCUCUCUGCUAGAGAGAUGUAUUAUAGAAAGAGGUAGCAUGUGGUAUGAAAGAUUUCCUGCGAUAAUGGAGCAGAGAAGCUGCCCAGUAAGUGGUGCAGAGAUGGUCAUCAGUAUUAUCUGUGACAGAUAACAGAUUGUUCAGUGACCUCCUCUUCACCACAGCUCCUGAAGUGGCCCAGCAGCCAAUCACAAAGCCAGCCUUCCUGAUCAGUUUAUUCAGCCUGUUGGAGUCACCAGCUCCCCCCACUGCACUCACCACAACUGAGUGACAGAAAAUCUCCCAACAUCUUGCUGCGCACAUUGCAGGAUCCCAGUUUCCUUAGGAAAUAGAGCCUGCAGAUCCCCUUCUUGUAUACAGCCACUGUGUUGGUCUUCUGUUCCAGUUGUCGAUGUGGACACCUUCAUACUUGUACUCCUCCACCACAUCAACAUCCAGUCCCAGGAUAAACUCUGGUUGUGUAGUCAUCCUCUUCCUUGUGAAGUUGAUCACCUUCUCGCUGGUCUUAUUUACAUUCAGAAGCAGAUGAUUCCUCCCAGACCACUCCACAUAAUCAUGCACUAGUGCUCUGUACUCCUCCUCCUCCUGCCCAUCAGCGUUUCUCUGGCCAUGGAUCCGACCUGUAGUGGGUCUGCGGCUCCGGCUGGUUUGACGGUCCAGGUGUGCUUCCCCGGUGCCCGUGCAGCUGUUUUGGACAAUCUGAACCGGCAGCGGGUGGAGGGCAGGCUGUGCGACCUCUCCAUCCAGGUGCAAGGCCAAGUAUUCAGGGCCCACCGCUGUGUGCUCGCUGCAUCCUCACCUUACUUUCAUGACCAGGUGUUACUGAAAAACGUUACAACUGUCUCCCUGCCCUCAGUCAUGGACCCAGUUGCCUUUGAGAGCGUCCUGAGUUCUGCGUACACCGGCCAGCUGAGCAUCGUUCACGACGAUAUCGUCAACUAUGUCACCGUGGCCAGUUUCCUUCAGAUGUGGCACAUCGUGGACAAGUGCACUGAGAUCCUGAAGCGGCCUCGGCCCUCAGCAGAAGGCGCCUCUGGAGAGGCUGCUGCUGCGGCUCACCCCGGCUCUGCAUCUCGCCAGCAGUCCCCAAGCAGCACGGAGUGCCUGUAUGCAGAGAGGGAGGGAAGAAGGAGGGAGAGGAAGCCGGAUGCGUUGCCUCCCUUAGCUACAUGGAGACGCCCGCAGCAGUUUUCAAGAUGGGGACGCCCUCGGCCCUCGGCAGCCCAGCACUUGGCUGACUCACAGCUGGACAGCCUCCCUGGCUAUGUGGAGACUGAUUACACCAGCUGUGAGGAGACGUGGGUAUCGUGCAAUGCUAAGACGAGCCACUUUACUCAUGACGGACCUGGCCACAGUGGCCGGCACCACGGGGGGUUCCCCGGUGCUGAAGCAUUAAAGCAGAAAGUCAGAUUUCAACAGCGGGGCGCACCACAGAGCGCUGAUCGGCCACUCGAUAAAAAUAGAGAGAUUGGGGACGGCGAUGAGACGCAGGACAAGAGGAGGAGUGAGAGAAGAGAGAUUGAGGCAGAUGAAGGAGUGGGAGAAGAGGCAGAGAAGAAGGAAGGGUUUGCACAAAUAGGUCACUGUGACUUCCACCCAGCUUCAAAUGAGCAUGGGGAACAUGGACAUGCUGCAGGGAAGCAGAGUGCAGAGGCGAUGAAGCAAAGAGAUUUGGUUGGAAGCGAUCCUGCCUCAGACCUGCCCGAUCUUCAUGGUUGCCAAACGGGUGAAGGAGUUUCAGACCCUUCCUGCCCAUCCUCGGCCAGGCUGCAGUGGCAGACAGGUCCCUGGUCUCAGCAGGAGCAGAGGCCUCAGGUAGGACAGGGUGGCAGUUGCAGUAAAGAUGAGGAUGAUGAAGAGGAAGAGGAGGAUGUUGAUUUUGAAUGUUUCACUGAAGCGACCUACAGGAGAGACACUUACGAUGAAAUUGAAGACGGCACUGGACAGGUUUCCCAGAGGCCCUUGGUCCCCGUGUCUCCUGACUUUACCGCGGCAGGCGCAGAGGUGAGUUGGCAGGGAAGCUCUUUGACCCCGACCUCCAGUCGUCAUCUGUCCUCAUCUUCUGCCGCAUUUCCACCACCCCCUUCACCUCCGACCCCAUCUUCGUCAUCCUCGGUGUCCCUCGCUGCUGCGCCCUACACAGGAAAAGUCCACUUCUGCCACUGUGGGAAAGCCUACACCCUGAAGAGUAUGCGUGACCGGCAUGUGAAGAUGCAGCACCUCAACCUGCGGCCCUUUGGGUGUCCUGUUUGCACAAAGUCCUUCAAAAUGAAGCAUCAUCUCACUAAGCACCUUAAAACCCACGGAGGGCUGCGGCCGUAUGAGUGCAGCCUCUGUGGGAAGAAAGUCAUUUGGAGAGACAGCUUCCUGAGGCAUCAGGCGCGAUGUGAGAGACUUGCUUCCAGCUCCUCAGCCAACAGCAACAGUGCGAGCGCAGCAGCAGCAGAUGUGGAUGACGGCUAUAGUUACGGCUUUGAUGAAGGGGAAGCCUUUCUCCCCACUGCAGGACAGGUGAAGGUUGAGGAAGUGGAUUUUCAUAAGGAGAUAGAGGAUGGGAUGGGUGGGCUGUUGGGCAGUGUUUCUGGGAUUGUUAAUGAGCUAAGAACCCAGACACAAAAUCUGGACCCUGGCAGUCACGUUUUUAAAGAGGAAGCCAGUGAGAGCUUUACUGGAAACUAAACAGAUUUGAAGGAUUUUGUUUAACUUGCCAGAAUUUCUACUGUUAUUGCUCCUGAAAUGUCAUCCAGUUUUCACACGAUCUGAGUAAACAAGGAGCACAAAAGCAGCUGUACUUUCCAUGCCUUUUAUUUUUAAUACCUUGAGUCAUCACUCCUCGCUGGAUGGAAAAAAUAAGUGAACCUUUGUGCUAACGAGUUCUCAGAAAAGCUACUUGGAGUCAAGUGUUCCAAUUAAGGUGAUGAGAUUAGACUAGUGGGAUGUAGAGGCACCUGUCCACACAAACAAAUGUGUAUAAGGUCUGAUUAAUGAUGAAGCUGGCUACUUCCCCAAAAAAGGUUGG